UAACUAAUUCAUAUUUUGUCCCCACCCUCUGCUCCAUUCCUCUCGUCUCUGUUUUAGAAUCAGACAAAAAAAAAACAUGGCCGAAUCUAAUUAAUUAAAUUCCCUCUUCUUUUUCUUCUCCAAUUCUCUGUAAAUUCAAUUCCAAAACAAUGGGAGUACCGCAGACAAUGAUAGCUCUACAAGAAAGAGCGGCAUUCAUGAAAGAAUCCUUACAAAAAAGCCAGACAAUUACCGAUAACAUGGUCUCCAUUUUAGGCUCCUUCGAUCAACGCCUCUCCGCUCUCGAAACCGCCAUGCGUCCUACUCAGAUUCGGACGCACUCUAUUCGAAAAGCGCACGAAAAUAUCGAUAAAUCGUUGAAAGCAGCCGAGGUUAUCUUGGCUCAAUUCGACCUCACAAGAAAGGCGGAGGCAAAAAUAUUGAAAGGUCCACAUGAAGAUUUAGAGAGUUAUUUAGAAGCAAUUGAUCAACUGAGAAGCAAUGUGAAGUUUUUUAGUAGCAGUAAAAAUUUAAAAAGUAGUGAUGGUGUGGUUAAUCAUGCUAAUCAAUUGCUUUCUAAGGCGAUUUCCAAGUUAGAGGAUGAAUUUAGACAGCUUUUAACUAAUUAUAGUAAGCCUGUGGAACCUGAUCGUUUGUUCGAAUGCCUGCCGAAUUCGCUACGACCGUCGGCGUCGGGAUCACCUAAGCUGCAAGGUGUUGCUGGUGAUAGUGGUCAUCAUGUGAAGAGUCCUAAUAGGGAGAAUCAUAAUGGUAAUAAGGGCUUAGAAGCUGCGGUUUAUACAAUUCCGACUCUAAUUCCAGAUAGAGUUCUGCCUUUGUUGCAUGAUUUAGCUCAACAAAUGGUUCUAGCUGGCCAUCAGCAACAGCUUUUUAGAAUCUAUAGGGACAUUCGUGCUUCAAUGUUGGAACAAAGCCUCAGGAAAUUGGGUGUUGAGAGACUCAGCAAAGAUGAUGUUCAGAAAAUGCAGUGGGAGGUUCUGGAGGCCAAGAUUGGGAAUUGGAUUCAUUACAUGCGGAUUGCUGUAAAGCUUCUGUUUACCGGAGAGAAGCAAAUUUGCGAUCAAAUGCUUGAAGGUGUUGAUUCUCUUAGGGAUCAAUGUUUCUCUGAAGUCACAGUAAACAGUGUAGCAGUUCUUCUUAGUUUUGGGGAGGCAAUAGCCAAAAGCAAGAGAUCACCUGAGAAGUUAUUUGUUUUGCUGGACAUGUAUGAGAUAAUGAGGGAACUUCACUCUGAGUUUGAAUUACUAUUUGGUAGUAAAGCUUGCACUGAAAUGCGGGAGUCAGCAAUGAGUUUGACAAAGCGGCUAGCUCAAACAGCUCAAGAGACUUUCGGCGAUUUUGAAGAAGCAGUUGAAAAAGAUGCUACAAAAACUGCUGUUCUUGAUGGAACAGUCCAUCCUUUGACUAGCUAUGUGAUAAAUUAUGUGAAAUUUCUGUUUGAUUACCAAUCCACAUUGAAGCAACUUUUUCAAGAGUUUGACGCUAGUGAUCCUGUAGAUGAGUUAGCAAAUGUAACGACAAGGAUUAUGAUGGCUCUUCAGAAUAACUUAGAUGGGAAAUCCAAGCAGUAUAAAGAUCCUGCACUCACUCAAUUAUUUCUUAUGAACAACAUUCACUAUAUAGUGAGAUCUGUGAGGAGGUCAGAAGCAAAGGAUUUAUUGGGAGAUGAUUGGGUGCAAAUACACCGAAGGAUUGUACAGCAGCAUGCUAAUCAGUACAAGAGGGUUUCUUGGGCCAAGAUUCUGCAGUGUCUGUCUGUCCAAGGCAUGGGGCCUUCAGGCAGUAGUGCUGGAAUGACAGACGGUGGAAAUACUAACAGUAACAUUUCAAGAGCAGCGGUAAAAGAUAGAUUCAAGACUUUCAAUGUGCAAUUUGAGGAGAUUCAUCAAAGGCAAUCUCAAUGGACAGUGCCUGACAGUGAAUUGCGUGAAUCUUUGAGACUUGCUGUUGCUGAAGUCCUCUUGCCUGCAUACAGAUCUUUCUUGAAACGCUUUGGGCCUAUGAUUGAAGGUGGGAAGAACCCUCAAAAGUACAUCAGAUACCAUCCGGAGGAUCUUGAUAGAAUGAUGAGUGAAUUCUUUGAGGAUAAGACAUGGAAUGAACCCAAACGGUAAACAUCUGCGACAAUUUACAUUUUUUUCAUAUACACGGGAAAAUAGAUGUUUCUUCUUUAGUUGAAGUUUACUUGUACAAAUAUGUGUUUAUAAUAAUUUUGUACUCAAUGAUAUCAUAUACCAGUUAUAUAGGCUUAUUUUGUUGA